UCAGGAUGAAAUUAAAGUGUGUCUGUUGUCUUCUUCCCCAGAGACGAGUUGCGUCUGGGCCCUAACCAGCCCGGCCGGUCCUACAAAUGUGGCUCCAUCAGUAACGGCACCGCGGGCCGCAGACCCACCCUCAUUGAACCCGAACGGCUGAAGGACUUUGGAGAGGAGGAGCUCAUCAACGGGGACGUGAAGGUCUAUGACACCAAGGUGCUGGGGGGUCCUGAGAUCAUGCUCAUGGAGCCCCCCAAGACCAGGCGGGUCAGUGAGUUCAGGCUGGUCCCCAGACCUCUGAUCCAGUAUCUCCGCUUCGAGGACAUCAGCGCCGCGGCCUUCAGGAUCCAGUCGGGGAUCCAGAAGACACCCUGCACGUACUCCAGACUGUCCAAACAGUACGGGAUGGAGAUCUACCUGAAGAAGGAGCACCUGCAUUACACAGGCUCAGUGAAGGAGAGAGGAGUCCUGUACCUGCUGACCUGCCUCACACAGGAGCAGCAGAGGAAGGGUGUGAUCGUGGCCACGGACUGUAACUUCUCCAUGGCCGUGGCUCACCAUGCAGUGGAGCUGAAGAUCCCCGUGUUCGCCAUCAUGCCGUCAUGUUGCGCCUCGCCCCGCCUCAGGAUCUACAGAGACUACGGCGCUAUGGUCAUCUCCUACGGCAGCACCAGCCACGACUCCCAGAACCACGCCCGCCACCUGGCCUCAGAGAACGCAUACCUCUACCUGGAAGAAGAUGAAAGUGCAGCAUACCUGGCAGGACUGGGCACUGUGGGCAUGGAGAUCUAUGAGCAAGUUUCCAAACUAGAUGCAGUGGUUAUUCCUGCAGCUGGACAGUACGGUCUGCUGGCUGGUACAGCUGCAGCCAUCAAACACCUCAACUCACGAAUUCUUGUCAUAGGAAUUGAACCAGAAGGUUUCCCUCUGCUGCUACAAUCUCUGAAAACAGACAGUCCCAUCAAAGACAUGCACAGCAACCCUAAUAGGAAACUCUAUGGAGAUCUUAUGGCGCGUUCGCUGGGUGUUAACACCUUCCAGCUGGCAAAGAAACUAGUAGAUAAAGUCAUAACUGUCAGUGAGGAGGACUCUCUGGUGGCCAUGCUGCGGUUUCAGGAGUUUGAACGCUCCACUGUGGACACAGAGGGAGCGAUGGGACUGGCUGCCAUUUUGGCCGGACAACUACCAGAGCUGAGAGGCAAAAAGGUGGCUGUGGUGGUCAGCAGUGCUAACAUGGAGCUGGAGCUGGUGCGGCAGUGUGUGGAGCGAGCUCUGGUGCUGGACGAUCGAGUCAGUAAGUUCUCCGUCCACCUGGGAGAAUGGCCAGGAGACAUGGCUAAGCUGCUGGACUUCCUGUCCCGGGAGGACGUCAGGCUGUUGGACGUCUGCCAUCGGAGACAAAGUGACAAGUCAGACCUCUUCAAGGCGAGGGUGGAGUGUGUGGUGGAAACCAGAGAUAAGACACAGAGCACUCAGCUGCGCAAGACGCUGAGUGAGCGCUACCCGUCUAUAUGCUGGCUGGACCGGUGAUCAUGAACACAAACCACAUCCACUCUAGAAAAAAAAACAAAG